UUAUUAUAAAGGCUUCAUUUUGCGACGAGGAACGCAGGCAAAUAUUUUGUUUACCGUUCCUCGCGGACUAUUGUUAGGGUUAUUGGAUUUUAGCGGUUACUUAUCGAUGUGGGCAAACAACGAAUUGUUUCGUUGCAUGUUAGAACAAACGAGCCCGUUGGACGCCCUGCCAAGUUAUUUAUUGUUCCUUCGUUCGUACGAUGCAUCGUCGGAUACAUUAUUGUUCGACAAGAUACAAUGUCGUUGGACGUUUUCUUGUUUUCAGUGCACGACGUGCGCUGUUACAUAAGAAGACUAGACUCAAAAUUUGAUUUAACCAGAUUCUAGCCUCGUUCGCGUAACUUGGCUAUGAGAAUCAAAAAUGACUCCACGAAAUGCAAAUUGCCGAAAAGAUGACGGCUGAUUCCGAGAAGGAUAUCGUUCAUUGUUUAAUAUGUAAUAGUAAAGUCGGCGUAUCUACUAGGAAUAGUAUACGUAUCUUUAAUGAAAAUUCUGUAACAUCAUCGGAGAAACCACUUGUAGAUACAAUUUGUAAUGUCUUAGAAAUAGAUUUAAAUGAAGAGAAUGCACAUUCUCUUGUUAUGUGUAAAAAAUGUUAUAAGUUGUUCAAUGAGGUUGAUGAGCUUGAAAGUCGAUUGACAGAGGUAAAACUAGAACUUUUCAAUAAUUAUAAGAAGACUAUCAAAAAGAUAUCCGAUGUUCAAACCGAAGAAGAAUAUAAUGAUCAUGAUUAUAUAGAAAAUGCAGAAAGUCAAUGUACAGACACAGAUAUGAAAUAUUCGCAGAGGGAUGAAGAGGAAAUGCAAGAGGAAGAGUUGGAGGGUGAAGAAGAGAGAUUGGAAGAGGAAGAAGAACCUUCCUGUGAACCAGAAGAAGUUGUUCUUAAAAUUGAACAAAUAGCUGAAGCAAGUAAUACAGAAGAGAAAAAGAGGAUGAAAAGGUCAAAAGUUUCAGCAAAAGUUGAAAUUUUGCAAGAACAAAUUGUGAGUAGAGAUGGUUCAAUAUACACCUGUUUAUUAUGUGGAACCGAAGAAGAUAAAACUGUAGGAGAUGCAAAAUCUAUUAUUGCUCACAUGAAAAGUGUGCAUGAAACUCGUUUGUAUAUUUGUGACAUAUGCGGAGACGAUUUUAAAAAAAGGAAUGAACUGUCUGUUCAUCUCGAUGAUCACGUUGCUAAGGAGGAGGGAGAUUUCCAGUGUGAGAUAUGUAAUAGAAUAUUUAGUAAUUUGCGGUUGUUCAGAAUUCAUAAACGGAUACAUUAUCCCCAAGUAAAAUCAUGGCCAUGCGAAACAUGUGGUAAACGAUAUAGUUCCAGAAAUUUACUAGAGGAACAUAUCAAUACACAUACAGGCGUUCGUCCAUACGUAUGUGAAAACUGCGGUAAAGAUUUUGCUUCCAAAUAUACAUACAAGGCACAUAUAAAAACGCACGAAGUACGACCUCGUCCGUACGAGUGUUCACAAUGUAAUAAAACAUUCUUGAGUCAACAAAAUCUUAAUCAACAUGAAAGAACUCAUAAUGGUGUCAAGGAAUAUGUUUGUCAUCAAUGCGGAAAAGCAUUUGGUUCUCCACAUAAUCUGGAAGUGCACAAUAUAGUACAUACAGGCUACAAACCAUAUAUAUGUAGGAUGUGUGGUAAAGCGUUUGCUCGUAAAGCUGAAAUAAGGGAUCAUGAAAGAACUCAUACUGGUGAAAAACCGUAUCAGUGUGAAUUUUGUGGAGCUACUUUUAGUCAAAGAUCAAAUUUACAAUCGCAUAAACGUGCGACGCAUUACAAUGACAAACGAUAUAAAUGUGACGAUUGCGGGAAGGGAUUUAAACGACGAAGACUGUUGGAUUAUCAUAUAAAAGCAGCUCAUACUGGUGAAAGACCAUAUAAAUGCGAAGAAUGUUCAGCAACGUUUGUUUAUCCGGAACAUUUCAAAAAGCAUAUGCGUAUACAUACUGGAGAGAAACCUUAUUUAUGUGAGGUUUGUGGUAAAGCAUUUAAUAGUAGAGACAACAGGAAUGCACAUCGAUUCAUACACAGUGAUAAAAAACCAUAUGAAUGUUUAGUAUGCGGUAUGGGAUUCAUGCGGAAACCUUUGCUGUACGCUCACAUGCAAACUCAAGGUCAUUUGAACGACACUAUCGUAGUUAAUCAACCGCGACUAACUACAGAAGACGAUCAGGUAAUGGCGAUUCCUGAUAACAACGUAGAACUUCUAAUGGACGAAGCAGAAAAUGAUCAGUUGGAGGAAACUGAAUUGUAUGUGACCGAAUUAAAAGAUCACGUUAUUAUACAACAAAAUGAUGACCAGAUAUAUAACGAAGAAGAUGUACUAAAUAUUCCGGCAGAAGAAAAUGUAGAUGAAGAAGUAGGCCAUCUGGUUAACGAAGAGAUCGACUUUGUUGAAAAUGAGGGAAUGGAGUGUAAAGAUGAAGAUUCGGAACAAGUAGAAGAAGUAUAUGCUUAUAACGAAACCGAGGAUGGUGAAACAAUAGUUGUACCAGCUACCUCGGAGUACAAAGAAGUAGGAGAGGAGAAGAACGCGGUUCGAUUAGUGCAAAUUCGAUUUCCAACAUCGGUUGGCGGCGAAGGUCGAAGUUGGUUAAGCUUAGUACCAAACACAUGAAACUUGGUACCACUAUUGUUAUGUACUAUAGCUUUCUGAUCAGAAAAUCGCUUCUUAAUAAAUUUCUACUAAUAAUGUAAAAUUGACAUUAAUAUGAAAGUGAGCAGCGAACCAAUACACUUUACAUGGAAUGUAAGUGUUGUGUUAAAAGUGAUGCGAAUUCGAAACUUGCAACAUGAAGAUAGAUUUAUGUUUGAACACAUUCUUGUUAUUUAAAAAAAAAACUACAUUAGUCUAAUUGAAUAGUACAUUGCGGUUGCGUUUGACCAUUAUUGGUACGGAAGGCACGAAACUUAACUUUUAACUGCAAAUUAUUGCGUGUAAUGUUAUAGUUUUAAACAGUGAUGGGUAAAUGAAGUGCCUAUAGAGAGAUCACGGUGCACAGAACGUGCAGUGAUACGGUUUAGAAAGUUAGAGAUAUAGAAAUUUCAAAUUUUCAAACUUUUGAACUCUCAAAUUUUCAAAUUUAGAAAUUUAGUGGCUUAGAAAUUUUGUACCCUUGCAGGCGCAGUUGUCCAUCACUGGUAUUAAACACGGUUUCUUAAGUUGUGUUUAGAAGAAAAUGUUUCAGUUAAUGAAAUGAAAUAAAAUUCAAGAAAUUUCUCCUUAAGAAAGCACAAGCUAAUAACGUCAAAUCAGACGGUUUAGAAUUAUUUAUCGUACAGCCAGUCAGUAGUGUAAUUUUAAUUAUUAUUUAAACUUUACAAGUCGCGUUUGUACUUUUAAUUUCUUAAUUUUUUCGAUAUUUUAUUAAGUCUCCUUUACAUUAAUAGUCCACGAAAGAAAGUUGGUCAUUCGUUUUAAAAUGAAUCAAUAACAAGUGUACUCGAAUUUUUGUUUGUACAUCUUUUCACGGUGAUUUUCACUGCUAGACUGAAUUAUAA